AUGCUGUCCUGCUUUUGGUUCUUCUCCAAGCACAUCGGCCCUGCAUUGAUGCCCCUGCCCCGAGUGUUACACAGAUUCACUGUCCCACAGUGCUUGGCCUCCAGGUAUCCUUUAGGUCCCCGACUGGCCUCCCCUCGACGCCUCCUGGCCUCGGCGGCUUCCUCCCAGGACUCCACUAGUCCUGCCAGGGUGCGCCAGAACUUUCACCCGGACUCUGAGGCUGCUAUCAACCGCCAAAUCAACACGGAACUUUACGCCUCCUACGUGUACCUGUCCAUGGCCUACUACUUCUCCAGGGAUGAUGUGGCCUUGUACAACUUCUCCAAGUACUUCCUUCGCCAGUCCCUGGAGGAGAGGGAACACGCAGAGAAGCUAAUGAGACUCCAGAACCAGCGAGGAGGCCGGAUCUGCCUCCAGGACAUUAAGAAGCCAGACAAAGACGACUGGGAAUGUGGACUUCGGGCCAUGGAGUGUGCCCUGCUCCUGGAAAAGAGUGUAAAUCAGUCGCUGCUGGACCUGCAUACUCUGGCUACAGAGAAAGGAGAUCCUCAUUUGUGUGACUUUCUGGAAACUCACUACCUGAAUGAGCAAGUGAAGUCUAUCAAAGAAUUAGCAGACCACGUGCACAACUUGGUCACUAUGGGGGCUCCAGCUGCUGGCCUAGCGGAAUAUCUUUUCGACAAGCACACCCUUGGAAGCGAGAGCAAGCACUAA